AUGUCGUCUUCUGAUUCCAGCUCUUCCUCGUCGGCCUCCGCCUCCGACGAUCCAAACCCUAAGCUUAAACCUCAGCCACUCGAGAGCCAAUUUCAAUCUUCGGUUACUCUAGAUGGCUCCGAUGAAGCAUCCGUAUCAGCAUCUGUGGCCGAGCAGCGGCAGCAGCAAGGGGAGGAUUCUGGAAAUGGAUCAAUUGGUGGUGUUGUCAAUGUCGAGAAUAAUGGUCACCGGGACGGCAGCCAUCGAGAGGAGAUAAUAGCUCUUGGCGUGACUGCCGAUGAGGAUGGCGGUGUUGUGUGGAGGAGGGCGAACUCGGAGGUGGAGGCGCCGGCCAGUCCGAGCAGCAGUGGGUAUGCUGGUGAGAGAGGUAGCAGCGGUGCAAGUAGCUCUUCGGGAGCUGGAGAAGGCAGCGAGGAAGACGAGAUAGAGGAGGUUGGGAAUGAUGAUGGUGACGCUGAUGGUGCUCUGGACUCGCAAGCAGAAUGGACUCCUGGGAAGCGGCAUGUUGAUGAGGAUGAUGCUUCCAUGUCAUGGAGAAAGAGGAAGAAACAUUUCUUUAUAUUGAGUAAUUCUGGAAAACCCAUUUAUUCAAGAUAUGGGGAUGAACACAAGCUGGCAGGAUUCUCAGCAACUCUUCAAGCAAUCAUAUCUUUUGUAGAGAAUGGGGGAGACCGGGUCAAGUAUGUUAAGGCAGGCAUGCACCAGGUGGUUUUUCUUGUCAAAGGACCAAUCUACCUUGUUUGCAUAAGCUGUAUAGAAGAACCGUACGAGUCUCUGGUUGGACAUUUGGAGCUUCUAUACGGUCAGAUGAUUCUCAUUUUGACCAAAUCACUGAAUAGAUGUUUCGAGAAAAACCCGAAGUUUGACAUGACACCCUUGCUUGGAGGAACAGAUGUUGUCUUCUCUGCCCUAAUCCACUCGUUUAGUUGGAAUCCAGCUGCAUUUCUUCAUGCAUACACUUGUCUUCCUCUUCCUUAUGCGACAAGGCAAGCUGUUGCUGCUGUAUUGCAAGAUGUUGCUGAUUCUGGUGUCCUCUUUGCGAUAUUAAUGUGUAAACAUAGAGUUGUCAGUCUUGUUGGUGCCCAGAAAGCUUCUCUUCAUCCCGAUGACAUGCUGCUACUUGGAAAUUUUGUAAUGUCAUCUGAGUCCUUUAGGACAUCUGAAUCUUUCUCACCAAUCUGCUUACCAAGAUACAAUCCUAUGGCAUUUUUGCAUGCUUAUGUCCAUUAUUUUGAUGCUGACACGUACCUGAUAUUGUUAACAACCCGUCCAGAUGCUUUCUACCAUCUUAAAGAUUGCCGGAUUCGUCUUGAAACGGUACUUCUGAAGUCAAAUGUACUAAGCGAAGUUCAGAGAUCCAUGGUAGAUGGUGGGAUGCGAGUUGAAGAUUUAUCUGUUGAUCUACCGCAACAUACUGGAUCUACUUCUCGUGCAGAUGAUAAGGCACUUGAACGAACAAGGGAAUCAGCACUUGUUGGCCUUGGUGGUCCAGCUGGACUUUGGCAUUUCUUGUAUCGCAGUGUAUAUCUUGAUCAGUAUGUGUCUUCUGAGUUUUCCUCGCCGAUUAGUACCCAUCGACAGCAGAAAAGAUUGUACAGAGCUUACCAGAAGCUUUACGUUUCCAUGCAUAACAAAGGAGUCGGACCACACAAAACUCAGUUCAGAAGAGAUGAGAACUACGUAUUACUCUGUUGGGUCACCCCCGAUUUUGAACUAUACGCCGCAUUCGAUCCACUCGCAGACAAGGCGCUGGCGAUAAAGACAUGCAACAAGGUGUGCCAGUGGGUGAAAGAUGUAGAGAACGAGAUCUUUCUGCUGGGAGCAAGCCCCUUCUCCUGGUGA